AUGUCACCAUUGUUGCAGCUUGUGUUUGAAAAAGAAAAGAAAGAAAUUAAACAAGUUAGCAAACCAGUUGACAUCCUUGAUUAUUUACUUGACUCAAAAAAUUUUGAUAUUGACCUUCUUCAAUCUUUUCAUGAAAAGAAAGUCUAUUCCCCACAAGCAGACCCUUCUGGAGAGAAAUUUUACAGGCAGCUCUGUGAGAGAGCCAAACUCCCUCCUGUUGGUUAUAUAUGUGAGCACCUGAAAGACAGAAAUUUUGUUAUGCAGCAACAUUAUCUGAGUAAAGAAAAACUGAUGCUCCUUAUUGAAGCUCUCAAGCAAAACACAACAAUUGAAAUCCUGGAUCUCAGUGAUAAUAACAUUUGCUCAGAGAACAUUGUGUCAUUGUUUGUCUUUCUUGCUGCCCAGAACCUGUCCCAUAAUAAUAUCCAAAUGGAAGGUGUGUCUGCCGUCUCCAUUUUGCUGGAUGUUACUCCAACUCUCACCAGUCUCUUCCUAGCUCGUAACUCUUUAGAAAAUGAAGACAUUACUCCACUGGUACUGACCCUUAAAUCAAACUUCUUUCUCACAACACUUGACCUCAGUUACAACAAGAUUUCCUCUGAAGGAGGUCACUACCUUGGCAGUUGUCUGGCUAUGAAUGAAACGCUCCACAUUUUGGACUUGCACUGGUGCCAAAUUAAUGGCAAAGGAGCUAUGGAAUUGGCAAAGGGCCUUAGGCAGAAUCCCAGUCUAAAAGUCUUAGACAUCAGUUGGAAUGGAUUUGCAGAGGAUUCCUGUUGGUCUCUGGCCCUCUCUUUGAUGGGUGUUCGUGUUAGUGAAAGAAUUUUCCAGCAAAUGUUUGAGAUGCAACAUUUGCCAACAAAGACAGUACUACAGAAUGAUGCCUCAGAUAUGCACAGCCAUUUAGAUAAACUAUGCUACAUAUAUUUGUCUCGGCUAGAACGGUUUGUGCUGGAACACAAAGUGGCACUGCGCUCCCUCUUUGAAAAAACUGAUAAAGAUAAUCAAGAAUACUUGGGAAAAGAGCAUAUGAGAUUUUGUUUGGAAAAGACAGGAUUCUACCUUACUUUGAGGCACAUGGCAGUUUUGUUGGGGAAACUAAGGAAGAAUAAUCUGAACCUUAUUGCUUACAAACCUCUGUUUGACGGCAGCAUUUCCAAGAUGGUUAAGGCUGAAGAGUUAAAAAGAAAAUACAAUGCUACACCAACACGACCUUAUUUCAUGUUCCCAAAAUCAGCUUGGAGUUAA